UGCUGGAAAUCACCAUCCCAAACAUGCAUGGCCCUUUCCACUCACUCUCUCAUACUUAGACAAAAACCAUUCCAAAUACAAAACUACAAAAACUAAUACUCCCCCACAUUCAAUUAUUUCCACACUACCAACUUUUUUCUCCCUACAGUCCCAAAACCCAACCAAAUAAAAUCCCUCCACCACACACACAUUUCCAACAUAAAUCCUUAUACUUCCCAAACAUAAACACCAACAACCUUGUCUCUCAUACAUAAACAAAUAAAACAUCAUGGUUUUGGUUUUACUCCUUCUACCAUUGCUCUUUCUAACAACCUCAACUUCAUCAUCACCUUCACAUAACCUUUCAUACCCUAAUUUCCAACACCUCAACGUGAAACAAACCAUUGCAGAAACAAAACUAAAGUUGAAGCCUUUUCAUACAACAAAACAACCCCAAGAAAACCAAAAAGCCAAAACUGAAACCACCUAUGAGAAAUCAGAAUCAGGAAAACUGAAACUGAAGCUACUUCACAGAGAUAAAAUUCCUACCUUUACCAUUUCCCGUGAUCAUCGCAGCCGUUUCGAUGCACGAAUGAAGAGAGAUUCCAAAAGGGUCGCCGCCGUUGUGCGCCGUGUCGCCGGAGCUUCCGGGUACGAAGCAGAGGAAUUCGGGUCGGAUGUGGUUUCGGGUAUGGAGCAAGGAAGUGGAGAAUAUUUCGUAAGAAUAGGAGUUGGAAGCCCGCCAAAAAACCAAUACGUGGUUAUUGAUUCGGGUAGUGACAUUAUUUGGGUCCAGUGUCAACCUUGUACUCAAUGUUAUCGACAAUCCGACCCGGUUUUUAACCCGGGAGAUUCAUCGUCUUAUGCGGGUGUGUCUUGCGGCUCCACCGUGUGCAGCCGUGUGGAGAAUGCAGGGUGUCAUGAAGGGAGGUGCAAAUAUGAAGUUUCUUAUGGGGAUGGGUCCUAUACAAAAGGGACACUUGCUCUUGAGACUGUUACAUUAGGAGGAACUGUGAUCCAAAACGUGGCUAUCGGGUGCGGGCAUCGGAACCAGGGGAUGUUCGUAGGAGCAGCCGGGUUGUUGGGCCUUGGAAGUGGGCCCAUGUCUUUUGUGGGCCAAUUGGGCGGACAAACCGGUAGUAUGUUUAGUUAUUGUUUAGUUAGUCGGGGCAUUGAAUCGUCCGGAUCAUUAGAAUUCGGACGUGAAUCAGUGCCCGUGGGGGCUUCGUGGGUUUCUCUUAUCCAUAACCCACGGGCCCCGAGUUUUUAUUAUAUCGGGCUCUCGGGCCUAGGAGUUGGGGGCCUAAGGGUGCCUAUAUCGGAAGAUGUUUUUCGGUUAAGCGAAUUGGGUGAGGGAGGGGUAGUCAUGGACACUGGCACAGCCGUGACGAGGCUGCCUGUGGCGGCUUAUGAUGCAUUUCGAGAUGCUUUUAUUGCUCAAACGACAAACCUACCCCGGACAUCAUCCGGGGUAUCCAUUUUUGACACAUGUUAUGAUUUAAACGGGUUUAUGACGGUUCGGGUUCCAACCAUAUCAUUUUAUUUCUUGGGUGGGCCUAUAUUGACCCUUCCAGCAAGGAACUUCUUAAUUCCAGUGGAUGAUGUUGGAACUUUCUGCUUUGCAUUUGCUUCUUCUUCCUCUGGCCUUUCUAUCAUAGGGAACAUCCAACAAGAAGGCAUUGAAAUUUCAGUAGAUGGAGCUAAUGGAUAUGUGGGAUUUGGACCCAAUGUAUGUUAAGUGUGUUAUCAAAAAAUACUUAUAAAAAAAUGGUCAAUCGGAUCUCGAAAAAAAAUGGUCAAUCGGAUCUCGAAGGCUCGCCAAAGUCAUGACAGACUAUAAGGUCCAUAGACAGACUUCAAGGAUGACAGACUUUAAGGAUAAUAUGUCAAGUGUGAUGUAACAUUCUAAAUUUUGUUAGUAUUAGUAAUGUAACAUAAUAAUGGUACUAAGAUAAUGGAAUAAUCAAGCCACAUAUGUGUCAUCAAAUGUUAUAUAUUCAUAUUAAUAUAUAGUCUAAUCUCUCUUUUGAUUAGCCCCUAAAAGUACAUGUAAAAGUAAAGCAUGUGAAACUAGUAGUUUUAUUGAGUUUUUGUGCAAAAGUUAG